AUGAUUGGUCCCGACAUUGGCCGAAUCGAAAAAGCCAAGGAGGAGAGGAGACUACAGCUUUUAAAGUGGGAGGAAUAUGACCGAAAUUACCAAACUAAACACCACAAUAAGAGUCGGAAGAGAGGAUCUAGAAAUGUUGAAUUUGGAGCUGACAUAGUGUUUCUUGAGGCUGCAUCACGCGGAGACAUAGAAGAAGUAAAAAAACUCAUUCGUGCCGGAAUUGAUCCCGAUGUCACCAACGAGGAUGGAUUGACUGCCCUUCAUCAGUGUUGCAUUGACAACAACGUGGAGAUGUGUAACCUCCUGCUGGAGAACAAUGCCAACGUUAAUGCCAAAGAUAAUGAGAUGUGGACUCCACUUCACGCCGCUGCUACGUGUGGAAACAAGGAACUUUGUGGCAUACUUAUCAACUGGGGCGCAGACCUUCUGGCACUGAACGUGGACGGAAACAUGCCCUACGACCUCUGUGAUGAUGAGGACACGCUAAUCCUCGUUGAAACCGAGAUGGCAAAAAGACAUGUGACUCAAAAACAGAUAGACGAAAUUCGGCUUCUCCCGGAAAAGGAGAUGCUCAAUGACCUCAAGCGUCGCUACGCUGCAGGUGAUGACUUUCAAGCCCUCGAUUCACAAGGCGCAGCUCCCAUUCAUAUCGCAGCUGCCUGUGGUUAUGUGGAGGUGGCUCGCUACUUACUUCAGAAUCACGUGGAUCCGCAACAGGAGGAUCAAGAUGGUUGGCAACCCAUUCACAUUGCCGUGUCUUGGGGACAUCUCGACAUAGUUGAACUUCUGGUCUCCUAUGGUGCCGACAUGGAGGCAUCCACAAGAAGCGGUCAAACGGUUGAUACUCUCUGCGAUUCGAAGGAGCUUCAAGAGAGGCUGAAAGAAGUGUGGGACAGGCGAGAGGAGUUACGAAAAGCUGUGAGACAAAAUAACGGCUUGCAUAACUUCACUCGCAGUCACGGCUCCUCCCGACGAAAGAGUAAAUUGAGUUUUGCAUUCACCUCGCCUGACAAGAAGACGGUGAUAAUGAAUUGCAGCAAUACGUCGAUCCUGCGAACAUCGAUGCGAGACAAGCGUCGGUUGACUCAAACCGCUGUGGAGCGAGAAAAACAAUUGGGCGAACAAGUGGAGGCGAAGUUGGUCAGUGAGGCGGAGAAGAUGGGCUCAACAGACGAAAUCGUCCGACCUCCACCCACCCUCCAGGGUGUUGUCAACUCUAUUGUCGCCUCUACCCCUUCCAAUGGUGUCUCUACUCCCCUCAACUCCCGUCAAGCCCCUACAGCUGCUGUCGAUCAUCGUUCCAGCCCUGACAUCAACGGCGCUACUUCUCAUGCUGCUCAAAAAGCCAAUAAUACAGUUGCGGCUCCUGCUGUACCCCCGCGUAAUCCCCGACAUGCGAAAUCCAAUGGCGCCCGUUUAGCAUCACCGCAAGAACCACCAGCAGCAACGAAUUCAUCGUGCUCCACCUCGACAGCCUCCACGAAAGACACCUUCUCUUCAACAGAGUCACCAUCGGAAUCCAGCGACUCUCAGGCAAGAUAUUUGCGUCCGAUGCAACGCAAACCCAACGGUCAGAUGGUUCCAUUGAAUGCGGAAUCGGUACGAUCACCAUCGAGUCAACGAUCCCGACAAAAUCCACCGACACGCGAUAAUCGAAGCCGUACCCCACGACGGUCUGACGGUUCCUCCGCCACCACUCCCACUGGAUCGGCGACGACCACGCAAGGAUGGAACCAAAGGACUAGAGAUUCCCCUUCUAACCCCCUUCUGCGCCAAGGUCCGUUAGCUCCCUCUGGGACAUCAAAAAACGUCACCAAUACUAAUCCCUCCUCUUACCCCUCCACUGACACACUCAACUCCAGCCACGACGACAGGCACAGGGUCUUCUCCUGUUGUCACACCAUGUGA